AUGUUAAAGUACAACGCAACACAAUGGUUCUUGGAAGCCUUCACUCGUAUCCCUGAUCCCAAGCCAUUGUCACUUGUCUCACGUCUAUUGUUCAACGCAUUCAAAUAUAACAAUACUAUUGUUGCCAAAUAUUUGAUGAUUGGCACUUCAACAAGUUAUACAAAGUUGGAUGCCAUCAGUAGCAUCAUCCAACAUGGCAACACAGAGUUAUUCUGCAUCCUUUUCAAUGUGAGUGGUAGUGCCACUGCCUUUAUACUUCCAGCCACUCUACUACUACCCUGCAUCAACACUGGCAACGUUGACUUUGUUCGCCUGUUACUCAAACAUAACUGUUUCGACAAUCUCCAAGAAAACGUUGUCAACCAAGAAACAUUGGAGUUGACCAGCCCUCGAUGCAUCACAGUGGACAUGCUCAAGAUGUUACACGAGGAGUACAACAUAUUGUAUCCAAGCAAGAAUAAUGUAGUUUGGUCAGAGGCACUUGAAUAUAGUAUUCGUCACAACCUGCCAGAUUGUGUAAAGUACAUCAUAUCAAACAUGCCAGAGUUUGUUGACAAACGAUAUUUGGAAGGCUUACUUGGAUUCAUUGUGAAGCAUACCAACAAUGGCAAUGUUGAGAUAUUCGAAUCAUUGUGCGGCACUGUACUUGGACCAAGGCCACUACUCAAUCACCUCUACCUACUACCAUUUACCCAAACAUCCAUUCAUCGUGGACACUUCAAUAUCAUCAAACAUCUUUACACACUCCUCCAACAUCCAAGUGUAAGAGAUAUCAACACCUCCCAAUCAAUGACGCUCAUCUGUGAAUACUUGGGUGUCCCAGUCCCCAGCCCCAACUCAAGUUCCAACUCCAAUGAUGUGGUGGCCACCCUUACCAAGGGCGCGAUCAAAAAUGGUGUUGAGGCCAUUCUUGCCGAAGACUUUGACCUCACGGUGGCACUCUUGAAUGAAGUGGAGAUUAUUGAUGCUGAUGUCUGGCACAAGAUGUCAAUCAAGAUGGGGAUGUUCAUCACUGAACCAAGUCACAAGGACCUUUCACCUUUCAACAUUGUAUCUUUGGAUGGUUUGCUCGAAUCAUUCUCAAUGCCAGGCUGCACGCUCACUCAAGACAUCAUCCUCAGGUUCAUUGACAAUUGUCCUUCAACCUUGUAUGUUGGGCAACAUCAUUCAGAUGAUGAGGAAGACAUAAAUGAUAAUGAUGAAGGUAUUGAAUCGCUCAAGUUGGCUGCUGCAAUAUCACAGGUUGUAGUUAGGAGAAUGCACAGUCACUUCAACAUCGAGUUCACGACCGAUAGUCUGAGAGACGCGUUGAUCAGUUCCGACAAAGAGACAUUAUCGAUGAUAUUUGAUCAAGUUGAUGAGGACGCUUUGGAGAGAUGGUCGAGCCAAAUCCCCGAUGUAUUGUCAGCACUACAUCAACUUCUGGCAACAGGCACACUCGAGAUGAUCACAUAUGUUCUGUGUGAAAUGAAGGAUAUCCAGUAUGAUGGGGACGUUAUCAUUAGUACACUUGCAAGCAGACAUCUAGAAGUCGUUAAGUUCGUGUUUGGAAUGUUAUCAUUUGAGGAGAUACAAGCAAACAUUGAAUUGAUCAUCACUCAGAUUUACUGCAUGGACAACAUUGAUGCACUGGCAUGGUUUGGAGAACUAUUUAAUGGUGCUGGCCAGACACUUCCCAAGGCAACACUCCGUAAUCUGUUGAUGGCGACCAGUGGCAACGCAUACCGAUUGCUCGAGCUAUACUUCCAAUCUCCAGAUUUCAACAACAUGUCCAAGGUACUCAGACAUCGUACCAUCAACGCCAUCAUGUACAGUGCACAAUCGAUAGGAAACACACGUAUAAUUAACCAUUGUCAAUCACUGAUCAAGCUCAUUCAAUCAAAUAGGAAGAGGGAUCGAGACCAGCAUGAUGUCAAACUGGACGUGAACGUACAAGCAUCUGAAAGAUUGGAAACAGCAGUCCAUAGAGUGUUCAUGGAUUAUAAGAUGUCCAGGAAGAUCAUGGACAAUGUUGCAGUCGUCCAUCAAUCACUUGGUAUCACAAGUUGUGUCAAAGGUAGUCGUCUGCUCUCAAUGAAUAGCCUUGAAGAAUAUAUCAAGUAUGGAGCAUCUCAAUGGUUCCACCAGUCAUACCAGGUAUUGGACAACAUACCACCAAUGCAUCCCAACACACAUUUACUUGAGUUGGCCAUGCUCUAUCCAAACACAUCAAUCCUUGAUACAUUGCUUGCCGAUCCAAGGAUGGUAUUUAUGCCCAGCGUUGACUUCUUGGAGAAGUUCAUUGACUAUCACUCACUAUGCGAUCGUCCAGAGUGGGAGAGAGUAUUGGAUCAAUACAUUGCGAUCACACUUCAACAACCAGAUCAGGUAGUGAUCAGAGAAUCCCUUCUUGAACGAAUCAAACAUCCAUCAUUCAUACGCAAGUUGCUCAGUCUUGGUUGCAUAAUCAAACCAAUAACAGACUAUAGCUUGGGUCUAAAGUUUGAGAACCCGUGGCUCACCAGUCCUUGGGCCUUGGAGAUGUUCACAAUCCUGCGAGAGAACAAAUUGAUUGAUUCCCAUUUCCAGCGUGGACUUGUGAUGAGGUCAACGCGACUCAACAUCCCUUCUAUCAUCCAAUAUGUCCUUGAUCAUAUGAAUGAUGAGGACCAGCAAGGCGACAAAUUAUACAACAAUCCAAUCAAUAUUUGUACCCAACCUAAAUGCCAUCCUGAUAUCAUUGAUUUGGUGCUGCCAACUUUGCCUCCAGGUUGGAUCGACAAAUGUCAAUUCCAAGCGAUGCUACGGAGUGUAGCUUACUCUGGCGACACAAACAAGUUUAUCAAGUUGCUCAACAGUGAGCCACCAAGCCCCAACAGCUCAUACAUUGUGACAGGAAUCAACUCGGCAAUAAUAUCGAUGGACUUGAUCGAUCGCUUGGCUUCGCAUCCAAAUGUCAAUUGUAAAUUUGACACGAUACUAGGAUCAGCCAUCAGAGCUGGCAAGAGAGAUAUAAUUGACAAGUUUAAGAACUACCCAUCGGGAAAGAGCUACAUCGAUGCUUUUCAACAGGCAAUGGCCAUUGGAGAUUAUGCCACAGCAAAGAUGAUCAUCCACUUGGAUGGGUUCAUCGAUCAAUCAUGGAACUAUCGCACAAUGAUGAUCAAGAGGGAUUCUCUUGUGUCAUCGAUUGCCAGUGGACACCUCAGUGAGGACGACCUUGUGGACCUCUUAGAUGUGAUGGUAUCUUCCAGUUUCAUCAACCAGGAGGAUGUUAUAAUGCUAAUUGAUGCGGCAUCCAAGAAUUCACAUCGACAUGUCAAGUUGGUCAUCAAUCACUUUGCCUCCUCGUCAUCAUUACGAUCUCUGAGCGUGCCGAUUGGUGACAUCCAACGACCAAUUCGAUCAUGUAUUGACAGAGGAGAUAUAGAAUCAAUUGUAUCCCUGGUGGACUUUGCUCAACUAAUCACAAGAUCUUCCAAACCUUGCCAACUCAUUCCAAUGGAAUCGAUAUCAAACCCAACGAUAUUGUCAUUUAUCCUGGACAAAGGAUAUUUCAAGUUGGAUGACGACUCUCACUUGAUGGAGCACUUGGUUGAUUUGGUGUGUCAACAUGGACAUAUUGAUGUGUUGCGUAUGAUUCAUCAACGAUGCUCAACACCUGUGCAACUCAGAAGGUAUCUCUUUGAGGAUAAUGAGCAACAGGUAUCCCCCUUCAACAAUGUUGGCCUUAUCCAAUCACACUUUGUUCACAUCUUGGAUGUGGUUGGACUAGCUGCAUUGCAACAUGGUCACAUCAAUAUCAUCAAGAUGUGUAAUCGUAUUAGAACUAAAUAA